CGCAGCCUGGAUGCGCCCUGUGGCGCGCACGCACGCAGCAUCCCGAGCCUCCCGCCGCGCGGCGGGGAUGCCUGCUCUCCGGGCCCCGGGGCUUGGCCCCCGGCGGUAACCGGAGCGGGGGGGGCGCGCCCCCCCAGCAGCAGCUGCCGCGCCCGCUCCCGGGCCAGUCGCCGCCGGGGCCCAUCUCCUGUCGCCGCGCUCUGCGCACCCACCGCCUUGCGCGGCCAUGGGGACGCUGCUGGCUCUCGUGGUGGGCGCGGUGCUAGUAUCCUCAGCCUGGGGGGGCUGCGUGGAGGUGGAUUCUGAGACCGAGGCAGUGUAUGGGAUGACCUUCAAAAUCCUGUGUAUCUCCUGUAAGCGUCGUAGUGAGACCACCGCCGAGACCUUCACGGAGUGGACCUUCCGCCAGAAGGGCACAGAGGAAUUUGUCAAGAUCCUACGCUAUGAGAAUGAGGUGCUGCAGCUGGAGGAAGAUGAGCGCUUUGAGGGCCGUGUGGUGUGGAACGGUAGUCGGGGCACCAAGGACCUGCAGGACCUGUCCAUCUUCAUCACCAAUGUCACCUACAACCACUCUGGCGACUACGAAUGUCACGUCUACCGUCUCCUCUUCUUUGAUAAUUACGAGCACAACACCAGCGUCGUCAAGAAGAUCCACCUGGAGGUGGUGGACAAGGCCAACAGAGAUAUGGCAUCCAUCGUGUCAGAGAUCAUGAUGUACGUGCUCAUUGUGGUGUUGACCAUAUGGCUCGUGGCGGAGAUGGUGUACUGCUACAAGAAGAUUGCUGCUGCCACGGAAGCUGCUGCACAAGAGAAUGCCUCGGAAUACCUGGCCAUUACAUCCGAGAGCAAAGAGAACUGUACAGGCGUCCAGGUGGCUGAAUAGCGCUGGCUCUGGGCUCCGCCUCAAGGAAGAGCCAGCCCCUACGGGUACCCUCCAGCCCUGCAGUGGGGAUCAGCCCCUGGUGGGUACCCUCCCCUGGCAGUGGGGAUCAGCCCAUCGGUCUCCCCAGCCUCACAGUUCUGCAGUGGAGCCACCAGGGUGGGAGCGGGCAGGGACUGAUCCCACCUCACCCACCGCCUCCCACCUACCCUCCCACCGCCAUGCAUGAUGGGUGAAGCAAUAUGGCCGCCCCACCCUGCUUUUGCUGCCUGUUUGGGGGAGGGGGCGGUGAGGCGAGGGGGCAGACCCCGCCCCUUCUUUUUGCUGAUUUGCACAUAGGCCACUUCCCACACGCACUGCCAGGCCAGCCGGCCCCACCCCUGCUUGAUGGGGUCAAGAGGGGUCGGGACAGGGACAGUAGUGGGCAGGGGGUUCUGGGCCUCAUCUCCCCUCCGCUUCCUCCGGCUGGACCUGGGGUUCCCUCCCUGUGACACCUCCUAGCCCUGGCCCACCCGCCCUCUCUCACCAGCCUUCAAUUGUGGUCUCUUGGGAAGGGCCUCUUCGGCCUCCUAUCUUUACAGAAGUAGUUUUUGUUCAUGAAAUAAAGAUUCUUGGACUCGA